GUUUAAAUCGAAUUUCUUUUAAGGUUAUCGUGUGAAAUCCUUGAAUAUUUAUCGAAUGAAUAUUGGAUAUUUAUCUUAUGUGAAGAAGAAAGGAAAACUUAUAAAAUAUAAAAAACAGAAUAGAAUCGAUAAAAAUACUUUUCUAUGAUACCUUAAAGGAACAUCCAUUGAAAAUAAGGAGAAAGAGAAACUGAGCGAUUCUCUGCAACUUCGUGUUAUUAUGCACUCGGGAGCAAACCUAACCUCACAUUGUCACUCGUUUCGUUGACGCGUCGCUUGUGAAAAGGACGAAAAGGAAGGUGAAGGAGUGUCAUCGGCUAUCAAUAUUUGUCUCGAUCCGCUAAAUCGGAUAUCUGUAAAGAAGAAAGAAAAAGAAGAAUAAAUAAUAGAAUAUACGUAAUGUAUUCGUAGAAGAGGAAGAAACGAAGAAGAAAUGAUGAACGAGAAGAUGAUGGACGCGCGAAGGCGCGAGAGGGAACUCAUAGGAUUGCGCGGAGUACCCGAUGCUUGGAGCAAAUCCCCGAUACAAAUCGAAUAUAGCUCAGACGAGGAGGACGAGGAUCUCUUGAGCAAACACAAGGAUAACGUUUUAGGACCAAAGGACCGCAAGAGGAAGAGGCACGAUGCUAAAAAGAAGAAGAGUAAGAAAUUGAAGAAAGAGAAGAAGGCGAAGAAGGAAAGAAGAAAGGAAAAGAAAGCAAAAAGAGAGGCAAAGAGGGAGAAAAAGAGGAAGAAGAAAGCGAAGAAAGAAACCGACAGCGACAGCUCCGACGACAGCAGUAACAGCAGCGAUGAGGAGGUCUGGGUAGAGAAAACCACGAUCACCGACAAGCCGAAACUGAAGAGAGCCUCGAGUUCAGAUGACAGCGGGGACGACGGUACGGUUGGGCCUGCGCCGAAACCGCACGUGACUCUCUCGGCUAAAGAUUUCGGCAAGGCGCUUCUGCCGGGCGAGGGUGCGGCAAUGGCGGCUUAUGUCGCCGAGGGAAAGCGUAUACCCAGAAGAGGCGAGAUCGGCCUCACAUCAGAGGAGAUCGCAUCGUACGAGUCGGUUGGCUACGUCAUGAGCGGCAGCAGACAUCGUCGCAUGGAAGCGGUUCGUAUCCGAAAGGAAAAUCAGAUCUAUUCUGCCGACGAGAAGCGUGCCUUGGCGAUGUUCAGCAAAGAAGAACGGCAGAAGAGGGAAAAUCUUAUAUUGGGGCAAUUUAGAGAGAUGAUUAACCACAAGAAAAUGGCGCAAGAAAAGAAGAAUUAAAAACCUCACUAUGUGUCUAUAUUCUUGUAUACAAGGUCCGAAAACACUUUGUAUAUAUAUUGUAUAAAUUUUAAGUCUUUGUAAAUUACGUGACUUGUAUAUAGAGAAUAUCAAUGUAUAUACUUGAAUAAACAUUCAUUUUCUUAA